UAGGGUGGCAAAACGUAAAAUAUCCGUACCCGUCGUUGAGAGAGUGUUGAGCGAUCGACUAUGGCUUGAGAUGCAAUUAAAAUGAAAGACCACGUGUUUGUAGUUGAUUUUCUGGUCUGAUCGCGACGAGAUAACGAAUCUGAUCGUAGAGAAAGCUGCACGGCUAGUCUUCGAAGCCAAUUCCGUUAAAGAGCGGAAGAAAUCGAAUGCGAACUCGAUUUGAGAGCUCCCGCAUGGGAGGCCGUAGACCAGGUAGGGUUCGUGCGAGAAUUUGAGCGAGAAAAAUGUUGGGGUUUUAUAAUUCUCAUGGAAUUCUUUUCGGAGUUCCGGAGAAUUGAGUGAAAAUCCUUGAAUUUCGAGUUGAAAUUUGGGAACCGGAUUUGGUUUGUUGUUUUUGGGAAGUUUUUGUGAGGGGAUGAGAUGGCUACUCCAGUUGAACCUCCGAAUGGCGUUAUUUCUCAAGGGAAGCAUUACUAUUCCAUGUGGCAGACCUUGUUCGAGAUCGAUACCAAGUACGUGCCUAUCAAGCCCAUCGGUCGUGGAGCCUACGGCGUCGUUUGCUCCUCCGUGAACAGAGAAACCAAUGAGAAAGUCGCGAUAAAGAAGAUUCACAAUGCGUUCGAGAACCGUGUGGAUGCACUGAGAACCUUGCGCGAGCUGAAGCUUCUUCGGCAUCUCAGGCAUGAAAAUGUCAUAGCUUUGAAAGAUGUGAUGAUGCCCGUUCAUAGGAGAAGCUUCAAGGACGUGUAUCUGGUAUACGAGCUCAUGGAUACGGAUCUGCAUCAGAUUAUUAAGUCUUCUCAAAUUCUCAGCAACGAUCACUGCCAGUAUUUCCUCUUUCAGUUGCUUCGUGGCCUGAAGUAUCUCCACUCAGCCAACAUACUUCAUCGUGACCUAAAGCCUGGGAAUCUUCUCAUAAAUGCAAACUGUGACCUAAAAAUAUGUGAUUUUGGGCUAGCACGUACUAGCAAUGUUAAGGGCCAGUUCAUGACUGAGUACGUUGUAACUCGCUGGUACCGGGCCCCAGAGCUCCUCCUCUGCUGUGACAACUAUGGAACAUCCAUUGAUGUGUGGUCUGUCGGUUGCAUUUUUGCUGAGCUUCUUGGCCGGAAACCCAUUUUUCCUGGUACGGAGUGUCUCAACCAACUUAAGCUGAUCAUCAACAUCCUUGGCAGCCAGAGAGAUGAGGAUCUGGAAUUUAUAGACAAUCCAAAAGCUAAGGGAUACAUUAAGUCAGUUCCAUACUCUGUCAGGACCCCCUUCUCCAGUCUUUAUCCCAGUGCUCAUCCCUUGGCAAUUGAUCUACUGCAAAAAAUGCUUGUAUUUGAUCCGUCAAAGAGGAUAAGUGUCACAGAAGCACUCCAACAUCCUUACAUGUCCCCGCUUUAUGAUCCCAGUACCAACCCUCCCGCCCAGGUCCCCAUUGAUCUUGACAUAGAUGAAGAUUUAGGGGAAAAUAUGAUAAGGGAGAUGAUGUGGAAGGAAAUACUCCAUUACCAUCCAGAAGCUGCUAUGGCUAAUCUGGAGGUCUGUUCCUAGUCUCUUCUUGCAUGUCAUUGCAGAGUGGCCCAGAAGGCUUCUUUCUUCAGAUGAUGACUCUUUUAUAUACGUCUUUGGAGCCGGUCAGUUUUUUCGUAGUCCUUAUUUAUGUUUUUCUUUUUCCUUUUUCAAUCAAAUAAUGAUCUCGAGAAAUCAUGCUUAAUGCUACGCUAUCAAUGCAUGGCAUGACUAUUGUUCUCGAGCUCAAGCUCUGUAUGGUAGGUGUCCUUGGUUGUAGAUAGGCGUGUUGUUGUACCAUUAUAAUCAUAAAGCUGGUAUGAAGAACUUUUACCCUGUAUAAUGUUAAAAACGUUCUGUUCCCAUGUGAGUGUACAUAUUCAUGUAAAAUCUAGUAUGCUACCUUUUUGUUGGGGUCAAUAUGUUUUGAGAAA